CACCGAUGUUUACCGCUUUGUUGUUGUUGAAGUGCAAACCCGACACAGUGCCGCCGCAGUUUCUCCAUUCUUUCCCUAAAAUCUAUCCAUUUUCGUCAACUGCAGAGAGCAAGAUGCCGAAGGUCCGCAGAAGCAGAAAACAGCCACCGGAGGGAUGGGAGCUGAUCGAACCAACGCUGGAAGAGCUGGAACAAAAGAUGCGAGAAGCCGAAACGGAGCCACACGAAGGGAAACGAAUAACGGAAUCGUUGUGGCCAAUCUUCAAAAUCCAUCACCAGAAAUCGCGCUACAUAUACGACCUGUUCUACCGCCGGAAAGCAAUCAGCCGAGAGCUGUACGACUACUGUCUGAAGGAGAAAAUUGCCGACUCGAACCUGAUAGCGAAGUGGAAAAAGUCGGGCUAUGAAAACCUCUGCUGCCUGCGCUGCAUACAAACGAGGGACACCAACUUCGGCACGAACUGCAUUUGCCGUGUACCGAAAUCGAAGCUAGAGGAAGGACGCGUCGUCGAGUGCGUGCAUUGCGGGUGUCGCGGCUGCUCCGGAUGAAGCGGUGGCGUAAAUGUGCCGCUAGUAGUAAACCAUUCACUAGCGAUGGCUGAAACGUUGCGUAUUUGCAUUAAAGUGAUAUGAGAAUAAGUUUGCGAAGUGGUUUCUGUUUCUUUUCCUCUUUUCGGCCGUCUGUGGCCUAUUAAACUUUCUUUUUUCUUCAAUCUUGGACGAAAGUUAAUGAGCACGAAUACAACAUAACUAUUUAUGUAUUCUGAUAUA